CUGGCUAGAGGGACUGCGAUGGCUGCUGCGGUGUUGCUGGUGGCGCACGUGGCGUUAGCGCGGGUGCCCGCGUCCGGUGGCAGCAGAACACCGAGAUGGUUCUGGGACCGCCUAUUUGGUGCCUUUCCAUCCACCAGCGGCAUCACCAAUAGAGUGACGGGUGCCUUCUCCCGGAAUUCUAUGGACGAAGCUUAUUCAGUGCUGAUACCUCGAAGUGGAGCAACUCCAGUAAUUUGCCAAAACACCAACGAUGACAAAUUUGAAGAAGGAGUGUGCCUGCGCGUCGCAGACUGCGCGCUCGCUGGUGGCACAAGCUACGGCUCAUGCGCGGGGGGAAUAAUAGGCGCCUGUUGCGUGUUCGAGAAGAAAUGCGAUCAAAAUUCGAACGCGUACGUUACGCAGUUUACAAACCCACGAUACCCGAGCCCGACGACCGGUAUUGGCGAGUGCAAGCUCACGGUAAAUCCAAUGCACGAUAAUGUGUGUCAGUUCAGGCUGGACUUUGACGAGUUCAGCGUUGUUGGGCCAGAUGACUCGUCAGACUGUGUGACUGACUUCCUCGGAGUGACUGGAGGCUCUUCUGUACCAAAACUGUGUGGUGACUUGACUGGACAGCACGUUUACGUCAACGUGAAACCGGCUUCAGGUCCGAUUGAGCUAAGCAUGGACACCGCAACCACGGAUUUUGGUUCUCGUCAGUGGAACAUAAGAGUCACGCAAAUACCAUGUGGUUCUCCACAGCUCGCGCCACCCGGCUGCCUUCAGUUCUAUAAUCAAACUUCAGGAACUGUACGCAGUCUAAACUUUAGGGACUCACUUCCCCUUGCCGGAGAAACUUUCCAACUUCAGAACCAGAACUACGGUGUGUGUAUCAACUCUAAAGUUGGUUACUGCGAGCUCACAUGGACAGCGUCGAACGAAGGCUUCGGAUACUCGUUUACGGUCACCGGCGACGCUUCUGCCAACAAAUCGACGUUCGAAACAAUGUACGGCCCGGCGCACUGUAACAAGGAUUACGUGACGAUCCCGGGGGGCAUCUACGAGGAUGCUCAGGACAAUCCUCAGCAGGAAGACCGCUACUGCGGCACAAAAUUCCCCACCCGCGUCAGAACCUCGUCUCAGCCCUACCGCCUCUACGUCAACACGGACGUGGCAGAAGACGGCGACAUUCGCAACGCUGGAUUUGCUCUGAACUUCCGGCACAGUUUGUGCUAACCUCAACGACGGUUAUAUUUUUGUAACGCCAUAAAUUUCUGCUAAUUUUAUGGUAGAGAUUUGAACAUCCAGGAUAUACCUGAGUUACGAAAUGGAUCAUCAGGAAAGGUUUACACGAUAAUAAGACUUCGCGAAUUAAUUUUGUAUUUUUUCAAUUAGCAACUUUAUUUCGAUUAAUUGAAAGUGCAUUUAGUAGGAUAGAAAGGCAGUCUUAAUCAGAGGAUCUAGAAAUUUUGAUUCCUGCUCGUGGCAAAUUUUAACUACGCGGAAAAUUGUUCCAUCCACUGCUCUUUUAGCAUUUUUUUCGUGUAGAUACACUGAAAAUCGGCUUUGAUUACCUGAUUUAAUUUUCAUCAUUUCCGCGUGUGAAUUUAUAACGCUGCGUAAAAUGAGCAUCCAUCACUCUGCCCUUUUUUUUGCAAAUCACGGAGACAUUCAUGAGGAGAAAUUCCUGAAUUCUAUCGAUUUGAAAUCUCGUAUUUUCACACUUUCUGUUUCUCAGCAGUUUCGCUGGCUGACUUCGUAUUUAGUUUUUUUAUACUUGUCAUACAAGUCUACGACCGAAGUCUUAAGGAGUUUCUACUUGUGCCCCCAGCUAACUCUUUACAGCCUUGCUAUCUCUAAGGAUUCCAGUUUUUUGAUCUGGCUUCGUUUCUUGAUUCCAAAAGAGAAGGAAGUUGGGCAUUAUCUGGAUAUGAAUUUUUCCCGUCGCUAUCGAAAUUCCAUGCAUACCCUUCCUAUUCAUUGCAUUACACUGAAUACCUUUUAGAAAUAUGUUAAGUUCAUCGAAUUUAUGAUCAUGGUAAACAGUACACUGAAUACUUUUUAGAAAUGUGUAGAGUUCAUUGAAUUUAUGAUUAGGGUAAAUUUGAUUUCUUGAAUAUGCAGCCGAAGUUCACAUGUACAAUGUAUAUUGUAUAAAUAAAUGUCGCUUUCGGUAACAUAAUGAGAAAACUCGCUCUGUUAACAUAAUGCCAAAUAAUUUUUCUCUAGGGCUUGACUCAGUUCUAAGUUCAAAACUUUUACACGAAAUUCAAACUUCAAUUGAUUUUUGCUCAUUUCAUUUAUACAGACAUUUUUCAAUGUGUGUCUGAAUUGAGAAACGAAACAUUUUUACAUUCAAAUGUUUCGUCAUGAAUAUUUGUAUAUUCAAUAUUUGUUUAGAAUAUUUGUAUGUUCAAAUGUUUCCUGCAAUGAGAGGUCUUUGUGUUUCCUUUGUAUAGCUAUCACACGAGACCAGCAUUUGUUCCAGUUGUUUGGUAAUGUGUGCGUAGUUAUAGUUAAGAUAUUUAUUUAUUUAUUCGAUUUUUUGGUCAGUUAACCACUUUUUCUGUAAUUAUAGGAUCUAAUAUUAACUACAGCGCCUUGAAUUCCUCUUCUGAGCAUUUAGUAGAUAAUAGAAUAUGAAUAUACAUAAUAAGAAGCAUCUUACAUCUGCAUGAGGGAUGGUUUAACCUGAUAACAAUCAAACUACAUCCGUAUGCCAGAAUUAUGUGUAUUUCAAAUAUUUUAAAACAAAUAUCAAUAGAAUUGUGUUGCAUAAAAAAUUCCUUGUUAUAUAUGGUAGUGACUUGAAUUCGCUAUUUUCAUCAUUUAAUUUUCUUUACCAGUUAAAGAUACAUAAAAUAUAGCUAUAUGAGUUUUUUUCAACUUCUUUGCCCCUACAAUGGGGCUUCAGUAAUUAGCCAACAAUUUUUCCGCACAAAUAAAAUACUGUAAAUACAUACUGAGGAGAAAAUCAAACAAU